AUGCCCAGACGCUGCUCUAGCCGGCUGGGUCCGAAGACUGGAGCCGACGAUACUGCAAUCUUCUCCGGCCCUGUUCUUCAGCAACCACCAUCGUCUCGUCUCGGGAGCCCUCACACGGCCCCUGUGCAGGUGGUCAUCCUGGCCGCCCUCGACUUCUACAAUGAUGUCACGUCGUCCGUCUUCUGGAAAGCAGCGGCCAGCGGCAUCAGAUUCGCGUUUGGCAAGCGGAAGUCAACCGCAGAGAGCGAAAAUGACAUAGCAGCACCGUCGUUCCGCGUUCUAGAUCGUUCCGAGGUGGCUGAAGGCAACGGCAAGUCAUUUGACGGCGGCGUCAGGUUGUCAGCAAAAACCCACACACUCCCCAAAACAACAGUGUCAGACAUCUCGGUCGAGGACAACAUCUUUGCCGACUACAAACCCAAGAACCGUGGCAGCGGGUCGUCCAACACUACCAAGACCAACUCGACCGACAACUCUUCUCGACACAGCGCUGCAUCAACCGCUCCAUCUUCUGCAGACUUGAAUGGUCAAGACGAUUGGAGAUUGCCCAACAAGAGAUCUCUGACAGACGCUCCUCAGCAACCACCUUUAACCAAACCAGGCCCAUCGGGUUUCCUCAAGUCGGCCGGACGAUCUUGGUCAUUUGGUGCUUCCAAGAAACAACUACCCUCUGUGCCCGCUGGUGACGAAGACGUGCCGAUCACUCCCGCGGUACCUGAGCAGUAUAAGAGCGGUAGGGCUAGGGCGACAACCAGCUCGACAGACGCCACCAUCACCCCUCCCAAAGUAGAUCAGGACCUCAGUUUUGAUCUCGGUGGCAGUUUCAGCAAGAUGCUACUCGGGUUUGACAAGAGAUCUAGCGUCAUGACACUAAAGGACGAGAACGGGCGCCAGGUCUUACAGCCUCCAGCCGCAACUGGCGGCCGUCUAAAUGCACCCUCGCCUAUUCACAUCGAUCACACGUCCAAAGUCGAGGCCCCUCCGCAUUCCUGGGCCAGUCACCACUCCAACGAUAAUCUCCUUACAGGCAGUCCCCGCAUCCCAUCACCGACAAAAGAGAACACGCCUCCACCAGUCCCAACACACGGGGAGCCUCAGUCAAUCCGACCUAGGGGUCCCGGUCAUUCCAGCUCUGAGAACCUCCUUAAGAGGACUAGCGCAAUCUUUAGCGGGCGGAGAAAGUCGAUCAACAAUGCCCUGGAAACGGGCGAGGGAGACGACCUAAACACAUCCCUCCUGGCUGUCAACCGAUUUAUGUCCGACGCCAACAGCAGGAGCGCGACCCCAGUCGAGGUCGUCGGUGGACGGUACAGAAGGAAUGAGGAUACGUCUGCACCUGGUUACCGAGUUGUAUCUCCGCCAACGGUUCAUUCCAAGUUGGACCCAGUAGACGACGACGAUAACAUGUUCGACAACGUUCCCUUGAAUUCUGAAAGAUUCAGCACUCCGCGUCAGCCAGCCCAGAAGCCAGCGCCGAAGCCAGUUGAGACCCCAGCCAAGAACAAGACGAUGACAAUCUCCGAGUUUGAGCAAUAUCGAAAGGACAAGGAGGUCGAGGAGAGGCGAGCGGAGGUGGACAAGGCUAGAGAAGAGGUCGAUGUCGAAGAGGAUGAGGACGAGAUCAACUAUGACGACGACGAGGAUGAGGCGGAGAAGUCUAAGCAACUCGCAAAGCAACGAAGAAAGCAAGAGGCACACAUGACCGUCUACCGCCAACAAAUGAUGAAGGUCACCGGCGAGUCUCCUGAUGCGGGCCCUUCGCGGCCAAGCAUGCAAAUGUCUCUGAGCACGCCCAACCUUGCCGUCCCAGAGGCUUCGAGAAACUCCUCGUCUGAAGUCUCUGAGGACGACGAGGAAGUUCCCCUGGCUAUCCUCGCGGCCCACGGCUUUCCCAACAAGAAUCGGCCUCCUACACGGCUUACGAAUAUGAUGUCGAACCCGAACCUGCGACAAGCAGCUCAGCCCAGCUUCCAAAGGCCAGGUUCAGCGGCAGGACAUGCUCCGACGGCGAGCGGGUCCCUACCUCCUUUUGCCAGGGGGCUUCCGCAGGAUCCGUACGGCUUGGUCAACGCUCCACCCCGGGAGAGCUUUGCACUGGGCGGUGGCGUUCCGGCAGGCCAGAACUCACCUGUGCCACCUGGUGGUCUCGUCGGUGUCAUUGCCAACGAGGAGCGGUCGCGAGCUAUGAGGCGGGGAAGCCCUCAAGUUGCUCAGAUGCCGAUGGACCCCUACCAGGGCAUGCCGCAAGCAGGCCCUGGCGGGUUUGACCCUGUGCAGGGCAUUCCUCAACAGAUGAUGUACCCUCAGCAACCACCCAUGCCGAUGCUUUCGCCAAACGAACAAGCGCAACUGCAGCUGAAUCAGCAGAUGUCUCAAUUCAUGCAGAUGCAGAUGCAGUUUAUGCAGAUGAUGGCCGGCAACAACAACAAUAACAACAACAAUGUCGGCAACGGACCACCUCGAUCCGCCGGGCACAUGGGCAGCAAUUCGAUGGGUGCUGUUCAAGGCAUGGGCGGCCCGGGUAUGGGCAUGGGAAUGGGGAUGCCCGUGGGCAUGGACAUGAACGCAGGGGCACGCGGUUCAUACUUGGAGACGCCAAUGAUGGACCAGUCUAUGGGUGACAUGCACGGUCGGACUAUGAGCCUGGUCCAGCCAAGCUCUUCUUCUUGGCUCCAGCCCCCUCAGCCUGGUUAUGCAGGAUCGAUUCGUCACCAGGGCAACGGCUACACACCGUCCAUUGCACCAUCCGAGCGUAGCAAUGUCGGUCUCCCAGGGCGAUACCGUCCUGUCUCGCAGAUGCCCCCAGGACCAGGCACGCCUGACCACACACGACAGUCCUCCAUGAUGGGCUCAGCUCUCAGCCCUUACAGCGACGCGCAGACGCUACGGCCCGACGACAAAAGCUCACCGAGGAAGUCGGAGGCUAGCAAACCAGCAGGCGAAGAUGCCGACGACGACGAUGAGGAGGGUUGGGCGGCCAUGAAGGCCAAGAGAGACAAGAAGAAGUCUUCUUGGAAAAUGAGAAAGACCAUGGCCCCGGGCGGUCUUGACAUUGGCUCUCUUAUCACGUAA